AGUGCCUCGCGGUCCCGCGACUGUGUUGUCGCGAGAAUUGGCGGCUUGGGGGCGUCUGCGCCAAGAAACCGAAGUGUAAGUGACGGUUCCGAGACAUCGCCGCCAAGCUGGGCACCGGGGAGAUGGCCGAGACGGACCCGAAGACCAUGCAGGACAUCACCUUGGUGGUGGAGACGCUCUUACAGCAGAUGCAAGACAAGUUUCAGAUCAUGUCGGACCAGAUCAUCGGAAGGAUCGAUGACAUGAGCAGUCGCAUUGACGAUCUGGAGAAAAAUAUCGCUGACCUCAUGACCCAGGCUGGAGUGGAAGAACUGGACAGUGAAAACAAGAUUGCUACUGUGCAGAAGAGUUGAGGGCGAGGGAGAGCACUGGCUGCUGAUAAUUCACACUGAAUCCAGAACGUCGUCUUCCCACGCCAAGAGAAAACCAAGUUGCUUUCUGCAACUAACUACUAUGUGUCGACAGGUUUAUAAAAGUGCAUUCUUAUCACAGCCUGCAUAGUCUUUAGAGUACCCCGACCCCCCAGUUUCUCAACCUUGCUAUCGUCAGGUUAUUAAACACUAAAACUUCGGAGAUUUCUGCAUAAAAUUGUCAACGUUUUUAGUAAUUUUUCUGAGAUCCUUUCCCCACUGUUCUUUCGUGGUAGUUGCUGUUUGAUAAAGUGGCAGAGUACUUUUUAAUUAGGUGACUAGUCACUCCUCCCCUUGGCUGAAACCGUGCCGUGAGACAUGGACGUUUAGGGUCUUUCCUUUUCAGUGCAAAGUGACUGUGGAGCCGACACUAGAGUGUCAGAAAUACUUUUUCAAGUGGCCGAGAGCAUUUAAUAAUUGUUUGUGCUGAAGUGUCUAUCAGGGUUUGCAUGAGAUUCUAGUAGUAGGGCCUGCCAUGCUCAUCUGAUGGGAUGUCAGAUGUCAAAUCCCAGUGACCCCGUCCUCCCUUUGAGCUGCUGACUGAAAGGGAAGAGACCAAAAGACCCGGGUGAGUCCACCGCCAGUCACAUGGCUGAGCAGGGCCCAUUGACUGGUGGGAAGCUCUGGGUUUUAAAAAUACUGUUUUACUUGAACUGUUUCUUGUCUAAAUUCUUGCACAGUGAGUUCUAUUAUUGAUUAAAGAAGAUAGAUAGGAAACUUUACAUUUGGAAUUCUGGUGUCUGGAGGCUUAGCCUCGAGGCCACUGUUGAUGAAUGACCUGGGAAGGCAAUCUAUGUCACUGUCCCCACAAAGUGAUUUCAUACAAUAAAAACAUGAAUAAUAAAAAGUUGAAGAAUGGUGUGGUCUU